AUGGCGAAAGCAUACACACAAGCUGAAUUUGACAGUCUGAUAGAGAAGAUGGAGAAGGUGGUACCAUCGACUGAAUACUUACAUACGGUUAACGGUGGAGGGAGGCACUACACCAUCUGCCUAUUAGAGAGAAAAUGCGUUUGUGGGAGGUUCAAAGUUGAUGAAUUACCAUGCCCACAUGCUUGGGAUGUAUUGAAGAGCAAGUUUUUAAUGCCAGAAAAUUAUUGCUCUAACUAUUACAAACUAAAUUUUGUUGUAAUGACAUACGAUGUGCCUGAGAUCCCGUUACUGGACAGAAAUAAUUGGAAUAUACCAGCACAUGUUGCAGAGGAAGUUGUAUUACUACCCAAAUGGAAAAGACCUCCUGGAAGGCCAAAGAAGAAGCGCGAUAAACCUUUCAGUGAAUUGCUGCAGCCGAAAAAUCAACAUUCAUGUAGCAUAUGUAGGCAGGGAGGACAUAACAAGCGAACAUGUAGAAAUGCUCCACUUAGGAUUUAG